AGCACGCGACGGGCCAGCCCGGAUGGCUGGGGGCGAAGGCCGCCUACUAGAGCAGGUGGACUGUCUCAACCAGCAGCUUCCUCCCCUGAGGUGUAGACGGCUGGGCAUGGGCCUCCCGAGGCUUCGCCAUGAGCUUCCUGAUCGACUCCAGCAUCAUGAUCACCUCCCAGAUACUGUUUUUUGGAUUUGGGUGGCUUUUCUUCAUGCGCCAGUUGUUUAAGGACUAUGAGGUGCGCCAGUAUGUUGUGCAAGUCAUCUUUUCCGUGACUUUUGCAUUUUCGUGCACCAUGUUUGAGCUUAUCAUCUUUGAAAUCUUGGGAGUUCUGAACAGCAGCUCCCGGUAUUUUCACUGGAAAAUGAACCUGUGUGUAAUUCUGCUCAUCCUGGUCUUCAUGGUACCUUUCUACAUUGGUUAUUUUAUCGUGAGUAACAUCCAACUGUUGCACAAGCAGCGCCUGCUCUUUUCCUGUCUCCUAUGGCUGACCUUUAUGUACUUCUUCUGGAAACUGGGGGAUCCAUUUCCCAUCCUCAGCCCAAAGCAUGGGAUCUUGUCUAUAGAACAGCUCAUCAGCCGAGUGGGUGUAAUCGGGGUGACGCUCAUGGCUCUGCUGUCCGGAUUUGGUGCUGUCAACUGCCCGUACACUUACAUGUCCUACUUCCUUAGGAACGUGACUGAUACGGAUAUCCUUGCGCUGGAACGGCGACUGUUGCAGACCAUGGACAUGAUCAUAAGCAAAAAGAAAAGGAUGGCCGUGGCACGCAGAACCAUGUUCCAGAGGGGGGACGUGCAGAACAGGCCGUCAGGACUCUGGGGCAUGCUGAAGAGCGUGACUGCAUCCGCCCCAGGAAGUGAAAAUCUGACUCUUAUUCAACAGGAAGUAGAUGCUCUGGAAGAACUAAGCAGGCAGCUCUUUCUGGAAACAGCUGAUCUGUAUGCUACUAAGGAAAGAAUUGAAUACUCCAAAACAUUCAAGGGGAAGUAUUUCAAUUUCCUGGGUUACUUUUUCUCUAUUUAUUGUGUCUGGAAAAUUUUUAUGGCAACCAUCAAUAUUGUUCUUGAUCGAGUUGGGAAGACUGACCCUGUCACCAGAGGCAUUGAGAUCACUGUGAAUUACCUGGGGAUCCAGUUCGAUGUGAAGUUCUGGUCUCAACAUAUUUCCUUUAUUCUGGUUGGAAUAAUCAUUGUCACAUCCAUCAGAGGACUGCUAAUCACUCUUACCAAGUUCUUUUAUGCCAUCUCCAGCAGUAAGUCCUCCAACGUCAUUGUCCUGCUGUUAGCACAGAUAAUGAAAAGCAAAGCGAAACAAAAAAGGGACGAACAGAUGUUUACCGCCCAUCAACCUUUCACAUUCAAGACUUCCCCUCCUCGGGAGCCUGCCCUGCUGCAAGGUAACACCAGCAUCUUCCCAUCCCCUCCGUCAUCGCCUUUUUGGUUGCAGGACUUUGUUGGACCAGGUUCUCAGAACUGGACAUGAUAUCAAUUCAAUGGCCAUACAUGUGAGAUACCCACAUGUGCUAGGUAGUAACUAAAUUAGUCCUCUCCCUGCCCUUCACGGUGCCUUACAACAAGAAAGCUGGCGCUCAGGACAGCUAACCCCUGGUUUCAUUACUAGUGUUUCUGUGGCUGUUCUGACCGACUAACUCUAGAAGCCAGCCUUAAAUUGUUUUGUUAGGAGGAGGCAGCUUUUUGGAGUACCAAAUAUGGUCUCGACAUUUCCUAUUCAAUUUACUUUCAAGUUGGAAUAGUACUUUAAAGCCUUCUCUAUUUGUCUUGUUCAUGUUUAUUCUUCCUCGUGUGAGGAGGAGGGUGUUGUGUCCGUGGGUGUGUAGGUACACACGGGUAUACAGAAGAUAACCGUGGCUGGCAUCCCUUGGGUGACCUUCCACCUUGCCUCUUCUGUGGCAGUGCCUGUCAUUGGCCUGGCAUUCCCCCAUUAGGCAAGGCUGGCCAGCCACUGGGCCCCAGGGACCCUCCUACCCCCACCCCUCCAGCACACACUGCCACAGCUGACUUCAUUACAGAGGUGGGGAUCGAACUCAGAUCCUCACGCUGGCAAGAACUUUGGACUCAGCUAGCGCCCAGCCCCUGGCUAGAUGUUUUGAAUGUUAAUCACACCUCCUGUCUAUCAUCCAGCAUUCCUUUCCAUCCUCUGAAAAUACAUCAAACGUGUCUCCAUCCCAAUGUAAUAAAUCAGGAUAGGAGCAAGUAGUGUGUGUGUCAUAGAGACUUCUGUUCAGGUUGACAUUAUCCUAGUAGCAAAGAUUCUCGGUGGGAUUAUUCAGACAGCUAACAAAGUCAUCCAAUUAAUUCUUCAAUCUUGUUUACAAAAGUAUCUUGAAAAAUCUGAUGGAGUCUGAGAACUUGAGUUCAAAUACUGAUUUGUGUCUCUGCUAAGCUGAGUAUCUAAGUCAUUUAGUGUCUAAGCUUAGUUUCCAAGCUAUAAAAGGAGGUCAGUGUCACCACCACACUCUUCCUCCCUUUGCUGUGGCUCUGAGGUACUUCUGUUACUGUGUAACCAAAAGAAGACUAUUAUCUGUGACCAACAUUCAGCAAAGCAGAUGGCACUUUGGCCUCCAGACAGCUGUUGAAAUGGACUGAGCAUCCGUUCUCAUGAUAACAUUAUAAACGUUAACACUGGAGUGGAGAUGCUCAGUGGUUAAGAGCACAUGCCACUCUUACAAAGGAGCCAGGUUUGGUUCCCAGCACCCACCAGACAGGUUACACAGUUGCCUGUAACUCCACCUCCAGGACGCAACACCCGCUUCUAGAUUCCAUGGGCACCUGCUCCCAUGUAGACAUGCCCACACUCAACCACACAUAAGCAUAUAAUUUAAAAACAACAGCAAAUGUUUUUAGAAGCCUUAACAUGCAAACAGCUGUGAGAAGGAGGGGAGGGAGUGCGGAUCUCCAUCAGCGUGUCUUGUUCUUGGCGAACCUGUGUCCACUGUGUUUACCAAGGGCAAUGAGAAUGAGAAUUCCUGUACAGCCACUGUGUCCCCACCAGUCAGAGCUUCCAGCCCUGUGGAGAGGUUGGGAUGCUGCAGGUCCAGAGUCCAUUUCACUAGGGCCAUCUGUAGCCUAAAGAUUCCUUACCCGCCUCCAACAUUUUGAUAAACAAGUUGGAAUGGAUUAACAAAAUUUGUUCUUCAUCAGCCAAAGGGCUACAUCUGUCACACGGCGUCUGAGGCCUCCGCCUCACUGUAACCUGCAUGUUUCCACAAAUGUACUUUUUUCAGGACUGCAUUUAUACCUUUGGUCUGCUUCUAUAAAAGCUCUGUAGGCAGCUUGUCUAUGAACCUGUAAUGGUGGCCACACCCCUUUGGGUGUGGCUUCAGGCAGACAGAAACAGAAAGAGGGAAGCUUGAGGCCUGACUUCUAUUUAUGCACUCUUUUCUGGUGGGUCAGCCAAUCUGGUAGGAACGGCAGAGGAACGCCCCGCCCCCACCGCAGUUCUUUGUAUUUUCUGUGUGAGUGUCCCCAAUAAACACCCAUUUGUCGUUUA